UGUGGGGGAAGGAGGAGAUUGCAGGGGAAAACAAAACUGUGAAAAGGAGAGUAAACAUGUAAGCUGAUAGGUUGCAAAUUCCUGACACAAGUAAUGCAACUGGUGUAAAAAUGUACCAUCCCCUUUAAACUCCGCAGGGUAGAUCAAUGGAAACAUUAAGAGUUGUUACAUUGGGAGCUGUCAGAAGUUACUCACGUACUCAGAGAGAAACGUGGAGGCUCUGAUAAGACUGAAGAAGCAAGUGACAAACAGAGAAUCCAAACGCAGAGAUGUUUAAAUAUACUCAUCCUUGGCAGGCACUUUGUCAAACAAUAGACCAAAGAAGUAAGAAACAAGUGAAUUUGGAGAUUCCGAUAGAGGUGUCUGUGGUGAACGAGGUGAAGUCCCAGCCAAGUGUCACUGUCUCCAAGGAUUUGGCUGAUGGGAAUCUGACAAAUUUUGAUCCUCAGCCAGUAGGAAUUCCAGAAAGAACACCUGUGCAGAGCAAAGAUUCGGAACAAGACAGGACUCCUUCCAAAGAUACGUGGGAAAUCUCAACUGCAGGCUCCAGAGAUCGACUGGAAGAGCAAUCAGACAAUGAGCUUGUUUUGAAGGAAGUGGGGGAAAAAGAAUCUGUUUUCCUGAAAGGCCCACAGUUGUUUGCUCAAAGUGAGAAUUCACUGGAAGAAGAUACCCCAGACCUAAUGGAGAAAACGGGGGGAAAUGUCUUUGCUACCAGCAAUGGGUCUUUGGUCAAUUCUGACUAUUCAUAUCAAAGUCACGAAAAUGGAACCCAUUUGCUUCCACACAAUCAGAAUGCACCCACACUGAUUAAUUCAGGGUCACCUGUUUCAGUCACUCCAACAUCUGGGAUUGACGGUGGUAAUGAUGUCACCAUUCAUGCAACAAAGGUUUCUGUCAUUCAACACACCGAUGUAGAUGAUCAUGACACUCCAACUCAUGGUGAACCAUUUUUUUCAAAGACACAGCACGAUGAAGAUUGGACCCAUUCCACAAAACUAGCCACCAUAAAGAGAGAAGCCAACUUUGACCUUCGGACUUACCAUGUGGAGAAAAAGCCUACAAGACUUUUUUCUGAUGUUGAAGAAGAAAAAUAUAAGGCAGUAGUGAUUCAAGGAACAGUUGAUGAUGAAAUGCUUACAAAAGAGAGAAGAGAGGUUAUUAGAAACCAAGCUAUGAAGAAAAAUGCCACUAUUGCUGAGAAAUGGGCAUCGGCAGAGCAACUGAAUAUGGAGGAGAAACCAUCUCUUGCAGAUUCCAUGCAGAAACAAGAUGAAAUGAAGAUACCUUCAACUGAAACCAAUGCAUCGCCCUUCUCACCCUCCACAGCUCAUUCUGAAGGUAUCAACACUGAACAAAUAAACUUCACUGCUGCUCGGCAGCAGUUCCUUGAGAUGGAGAAGUCUCAGCCAGAAGUACCGAUGAGCCCGAGACCAUCUACUCAAACCUCCAGGAUCUUGAAUCAAUCUUCCACGCUGUCUGCAUCAAUGCAUUCUCUUCACUACAAGGUGGACACAAGUCCAGGGGUCGCUGUACAGGCUGUUAGAGUUGAAUGCCUCCCUGAUGAAGAAAAGGAGUUCCUGGAGAAGCCUUUCCCUAAAAGCAAUGGCACCUUCAUUGCUGAAAAAGCAACUGUGGAAAAUGGUGACGGUGGAAUUUUUGGCAAGAAUCAGCAAACUCUGCCUGUCUGCUCAUCAAUAGAAGACCUUGACUCUGGACUGGGGGAGAUGCCCAAUGACUGCAGCUAUGGGUAUACAAGUGAUAGUGGGGCAUCAACUGAAAUACCGAACACAGGAACUAAUAACAGUUGUGCUGCUUUGGAAUCCCCAGAACUGAAACGUGUGUCUGAAACACCCAUUCAGAGGGAAAUUCGAUUGGCCGUGGAGAGGGAAGAGAGCCUUCGUAAGGAGCGAGGAAUUAAGAAGUCUGGCAGCUCUGAAGAAAUGGUGGAAAUCAGGGCCAAGCCUCUGUUAUCGCAGCUGCCUCCAACAUCUCCUUUCUCAAAAUCUAAAGACAAAAACCGAAUGGUUUUUUUUGUUCAGAGAGAAAUCGAAAUGGACUCGAAGAGGGAAGAGAAGUUGAAGGAAGAGGGUAAAGUCCAGGGAUUGUAUGAUAGAGGAACGCCAGAAGAAGUGGAAAAGCGCAAAAAGGUUUUUGAACAACAAAUAGAUCAUGUGCCUGUUGUACCACAGCAGAGCCGGCACCCAAAGGCAACCAGUUCUGCUUCACAGCAUUCUGUCGCUGUACACAGCCUUCCUGUGGAAGACAGCACAAUCCAAGGUGAUUCAACAGAAUAUAAAGUAAUCUUGCGGGAAUAUCCAGACUAUCAGCUGAAUAGUAAAAGCAAUUCCAAGACCAACAGUUCAAAGAUGGAUCCAGCUUCACACAGCACAGUGACAAGUCUGGCGGAAAACUGGCCCACACUCAGUGAAGAGCCCUACAUCUUGCGACCACUAAAGUCCCAGACCACUUUCCUGAUAGAGAAGGAAAUUGAGGAAGAACAGCGUCGGGAAGAGGAGCUGCGGGCUCAGAGGCAGAGGUGGCAGCCUGUUGGGAAUCUUGACUCGACUUCCACACCGGAUAGCCUGAAUUCUACAGUUAAUCUAAUGUCUCCUGGACAGCCUACAAUUGCUGGGACUUCAAAUGGUGAUCGAACAAAAGGCCUCACAGAAACAAUUCCAAAACAAGAAAGGCAAAAAGGGAAACCAUGGGAAAGAAAGGACGACACUUCGUAUGCUGGUAUCGAGGCUUCUGAUGACGUCAACAUUGAGGUGCUGGAAUCUACCCGAGUAACUCGACGCCAGAGUACAUUGGCACAGCGCUGGGAGGCUGGGAUAUUCCACAACCAUCUGGAAGAAUGAAGCUGGUCUUCUGAUCUGAAGUGAUAUAAUUGUAGAUUAAGUAAUAUUUUAAAAAGCACUGCCUGCUGAAUAGAAAUUAAGUUCUGUCUUGCACUCUGGAGUGAUUUAACUCAAGUAACUGUAUAUAAACCUGUAUAGAUGACUUGGCUGUGACCUUCAAGUUCCAAGCUUGGGCUUGUUGUCUCCGUCUUCCUUUGUACAUGGCAAUGCCAUAUUAGGGAGAACUCUUGUAGCCAUGAGUGAAACAAUAGGUUCGAUGGUAACCAACUUUCCUCAGCAGAUCCUCUUCCACCCUGGGAGUUCUCAGCUUUCUUUCUUUCUUUUGGAAUAAACAUAUUGGUAAAUGUACUUGAAAUGGAAGACCUCCUGGAUUCCAAGAACUGAAUUACAAAUGAAAUCUUUGCUGAUUGUUCUCAAUAACUUUUUGCAGAGAAGCAAAUUCCUACUUGUGUGCAUUUAUUUUAAAAAAAAUCUCAUCUAUAAAUCAGCAUCAGUAAUAAAGGUGCUUUCAUUGGACAGAUCCA